UGCAAGAUGGAAUUGAUUUUUCCUCCAGCUUUUUUUGACAUAAUGAUACACUUGGUAUUGCAUUUGCCUGAAGAAGCGAUAUUGGGUGGCCCGGUCUUUAUGAGAUGGAUGUAUCCUUUUGAAAGGUACAUGAAAAAAUUGAAGAAUUAUGUGGGAAAUAAGGCACGUCCUGAAGGGUCAAUUGCAGAAGGUUAUGUUGCUGAUGAGGCAGUAACCUUUUGUUCAAUGUACUUUAAAGGGUGUGAAACAAGAUUUAAUCGGCUUGAUCGAAAUGAAGAUGCGCCUUCUGUUUGUCGCUAUCUCUCAGUUUUUAAUUCUCAAUCUCGUCCUUUAACUAGCGGACUUAUCAAGCCUCUUGAUCAUAUCAGUCGUGAAAAAGCUGAGUGGUACAUUCUUCAAAAUUCUCCUGAAAUCCAAGCUUACUUAGAUGAACAUUUGGACAAGAUCAGGCAUGAAUAUCCUAAUGGUAAUCACGAUGUCUUGCAUAGGCAAACUUUCCGUCCGUGGUUUCAUAAGAAGAUAUAUGAGUUGCACAAGCUUGGAACUUUACAAAAUGGUGAUGAGUUACUCGCUCUCGCUUCCGGGUCCGAUUACUUAGCAACAUUUUACGAAGGUUGUGUAGUGAAUGGUGUUCGGUUUAUUGCAUCAAAGCGAGACCAAAAGCGGAAGACACAAAAUAGUGGUGUUACCGUAUUCUUGGAACUGAAGGUGUCAUUGUUUGAAUGUAAAUGGUAUAACACUAAUCCAUUAAGAAAGAAGACAAUCACUGAAAAUAAUAUAACUAGUAUAAAUACUCGUGGAUAUUGGUAUCAAGAUGAACCGUACAUCCUUGCUAACCAGGCGAAGCAAGUUUUCUAUCUUGAAGAUCCACUCAGAGGUCGCGAUUGGAAGGUUGUUGAAGAUAUUAGCCAUCGACAAAUUUGGGACAUUACUGACAACGAAGAUGAGACUGAUGUAGAUGUUGUUAGUGAUUCUAACUCUGCCAAUUUUGUGUUGACAGUUGAUCUUGGAGAGUUGAUUAUGCAAUCGAAUGAACCUCCAGUAAUUGUUGAAUCAUCCGAUCAGUUAGUGGAUUCUGAGAUAGAGAAUAAUGAACUUGAUGAAAAUUAUGUUGCUGAAGAAGUAGAUGAUUUACUAGUUGAACAUGUGGAGGAUGAAAAUGUAAACUUAGUGAAUGAUGGAAAUGAUAGUGAUUCUUCAGUGUAA